UUCAUUGUUGAAAAUGAUAGCAUUUCACAAUCUUCCGCUGCGAUGUUUCCAAUGGGAUGGUUUCAAGCAAAUUAUUGAUCCAUUGGCGUCUGCUGUUGGUGUUACCAUAAAUACUGGCAACAUGAUAGCUUUUCUAAAAGAAAUUUCACAAAGAAUUCGCGCUGAAAUCAGUUCAGAGCUGCAAAACAAAUUAUUCAGCCUUAAAAUUGAUUCUGCGUCUCGGCAAAAUCGUCAUAUCGUAGGCGUAAAUGCCCAGUAUGCCAUCAAUGACGUGAUAGUAAUCCGUACCCUGGAUAUGAUAGAAGUUCAAGAACGUCAGACAGCGCGUUUUGUAAAAACUAAAAUUUUGGAGAUAAUUCAAAACUUCGGAGUAGGAAUUGAUCCAAUAUUUUCUAUCACGUGUGAUAAUGGGCCCAACAUGUUGGCAACGGUACGUCACCUGAAGGAAGAAGUAGAACUAAUGACCGCUUGUUCAAAUGAUGAUUACGAUACUGAAGAAGAAGAUAAAAAAUUACAUAACUUCACAUCUGCUUUAAGCAAUGAACUGCAAGAAAAUUUAAAUCUGGUUCGUUGUACUGUUCAUACCCUACAGUUAGCUAUACUGAUGUAGUUGACAAAUCGAAUUCUUCAGUGAAAGCAGUUACUGAAAUUGCAAAAAAAAUUAGGCAUAUGAAAUACAAGCCAAAUUUUGUUUUGU